GCUUCCAUCUGACGUACUCGCGCAUCAUGGCGGCGCUCAGCUGGUAGUGACCGUAGUGACUCGGCUGAUGGUAGUCAGCGAGGGGUAUGUGACGGCGGUGUCGAACGGCUGUUACGCGACGGGCAGAAUCGCGAGUGUUGCUGAUCGUGUUGGAUUUGCGACGAAUGUUAUCGCGUGACGACGUGCCACGAUAAGCAGCGUCUCAAGUAAAAUGGCAAUGAGCGCGGUCAUACGAGCGUCAUACGUCGUCGUUGCUCCGCUGUUGCCGUUCCUGUCCGGGCUUCUGUAAUCGCGGGCGGAGGGGGACAAGUCGUGAUCGGGGAUCGCGCGAAUGCGACGCGAGGACGACGAACAAAGCUGACAACUCGUCGCGAGUAAACAUGGGCAACUGCCUGAAGCGCGCCGCCGGCAAUCAACAGGACAAUACGACUCUGCUAAGCAACAAUCCCGAGAACAACGUGUCCACCAGCGGAUCCUCGCAGGAAGGCCUCGGACCGCCGAUUUCUUACAACCAAGCAGCUUAUUAUCCAUCAAUCCCCAUAAGAGAACGUCACCUGCAGUCCACCACCUUGAAUUUCGGUCGUGGAAUUGGAGGCCACGGGAUUGGAGUGAACCUAGUGCAGAGUAGCGGAUCGGCUGGUUUGAGCGAAGAGGAGCAACAAGUGAGAAUCGCUAAGCGUAUUGGACUGAUACAACAUUUGCCGAUGCGACAAUACGAUGGUAUGAAGAAAGGCGAAUGCGUAAUAUGCAUGAUGGAGCUGUUGGUGGGCGAGGAGGUGCGCUAUUUACCGUGUAUGCACACCUAUCACGCAAUCUGCAUCGACGACUGGUUGCUACGCUCACUGACCUGUCCGUCCUGCAUGGAGCCGGUGGACGCGGCGCUAAUUAGCUCAUAUCAUCCGACUACUUAAUAGCAGCGUGAGGAGGCGCAUUAUUGAUUUAGCUGAUUUUUCGGUCAGCGAAUCGGAUUUAAAUUAUCAGGCUAAGCAUGUGAAGCGAGUAAAGAGCGUGAGUGAGAGAGAAAGAGAGAGAGAAAGUCGCUACUUUUGCUAUAGAGCGUAUAAAGGCUUCUGGUUAAUAGAGAGACCGUGUGUUAAUGGCCUGACUGUAUUUCGCCGUUACACCCGAUAUAUACGUGCGCGUGCGUGCUGUUU